UUUCCUGGCUCCUAUAAAUUGAACGCGACUUGCACCAGCCUUCCUCCUCCUCAUCAUCUCCGUCCUCUCUGUCUCUCUCUCUCUCUCUUCACGAAGAAAGAGAAAGAGCACACCACCAGAAAAAUAAAAUAAAAAAUUCAAUAAACAUAGAAGAAGCAGAAGAAGAAACGAUAGAUUCUUCAAGGAAAUGGGGAAAUACACGGAGAUGUUGGACCUCGGAGUGAGAAUCGCGGCGAGGUUUCAUUCACACUGUCCUCAGACGGCUCGUCUCUAUUACCAUCCUCCAUCAGACGGCCAUCACCAUCACGGAAUCACAGAUUUGAUCGGAGGUGGUGGGGUUUUUGGUUCGGGUCAAGAUUCGACCGGUUUGGUUGGUGGUUUAGGAUCCGGAACUAGUGGUGUUGUUGGUUGCGGUGUCAAAUCUUCUCAGGGAUAUGACGACGCCAGGGAUCUCUUGUUAUUCUCUGUUGUUUGAUUUAUUUAUCAUAGCAAAAACAAAAAACAAAAAAAACAUUGGUGUGUGGCGAGAGAUUUCAUGAGCUGGUUGAUUUUUUCUGUUUCUUAAACAAAUUAUUAUUAUUGAGAAAACGAUAAUAUGUUCUUGAAAGAGGAUUUGUGAUACUAUUUAAUCAUCGCUGGGGAUUAAUUGGAUUAUUUUUGAUGAGAAAUUAAUUUUAUACAUUUUUUGCGUGUGUUCAAUUCAA